CCGCCCUCGAUGAUACGUUAAGCUUGCUCUUGGAUGGUGAUCUUUCUUCUUUGAUGUAAUUGUUGUGACAACAGUAAUAGAUUUUUCCACAUGAUUUUAGAAUAUAAAAACAACAACAAGGUCACUCAAAAUUGUAACCGCAAUCUCCAAAACAUGAAGUUUUAAGACUAUUAUUAUCAUAGAUUGGUCCAUCCUAUCCAUUGAAGAAGAAUAAUGAAGGUACGUAUAACAUUCAAACCUUUCUAUAAUAACCAUCUUUUAUAAUAACAUUUCAUUGUAACAAUCAAGUUUUUUUUUUUUUUUUUUUUUUUUUUUAACUACUUCAUGUUAUGUUAUAUUAUAUGUUCUCUAUAAUAAUAUUUGGUUUAAAAAAUGGAACAAAUGACGCUGUCAUAUAGAGGUUUGACUGUAUAAUUUUUUGGUAGCAUCAGACAAAUGUGCAAUAAACUCAUUUCUAAUUAAUUUUGCUGAUUUCUUUUUAGUGGUAUUAAUGCAGAAAAUUGUCAUUAGGGUGUGUAUUACUGGAAACCCUCCUCCCACACUGAAGAAGUUUGUUGUGGAUAUUUUGAAGUUAAAGUACUUGGUAAAUUUUUUGGGGUACAAAUCCCAAUGUUGUAGCUCCAAAAAUCAGAGCAAGCUCUUGUCAAUUGCAGCAAAAAUACCAGGGGUAGAGAAAGUAGCUAUAGAAGGGGAAGAAAAGAAUGAGCUAAUGGUGAUCGGUGUGGGAAUUGAUGCAGCAGAGCUGGUCACUAUACUAAGGAAGAAAGUGGGCGUUGCUGAGGUUGUGAGUGUUGGCCCAGUGGAUAAGAAGAAAGAGGAAAAACCAAUAGUACCAUGGGUCUAUGGCAAUUAUCAAAUACCCUCUCUUCAAUUUUGGGAAGUUAAAGAUCCCUAAUACCACUCUGUUUGGUGAUUUGCUUAAUGGGGGUUCAAGAAUACUGAACUUUGGGCAAUAAUAACAAAAGUAGCCGAAGAUUCUGCAAUAGUAUUUUCUGUUAUUUGUGGUAAUUAUAGAUUCAAGCGUUAGGAUCAGUAGAUCCACAACAAAUAAGAAGCAUUGACUUAAUUGCUUUUGCAGUUUAUUUUAUGUUAGGAACUCGUAUAUAUCAAAACAAGACAGAUGUAAAUAAUCGAGAAAGAAAUCUGAAAAUGCAAUAGACGAC